AUUGUGAUUAUUCAUACUUAAUUCCUGAUCUAUUAAGGAAGACCGUUGGUUCAGAUUUUAAUCAGAUAUUUGUGAUAUUCCUCGGAUGGAUAAGGUGGAAAGUCUUGACUGAACCACCACUUCUCUCUCUCUCUCUCUCACACACACACACAAGAGACGGACAGUGGAGGAAGUUGGGAAAGAUGCUCCUCUCAUCAUCUUCUUUAUUGCGAUCAUUGCCGGUUAAUCGUUUGAAUUUGGCAUGUAAACCGGCGAAUCCACGGACAAGAGUGAAGGUUCAGGCCAUGGCAAAGGAAGGAAGCGAGAGCGAAGGGGGCAUUGCAGAGACGGUGGCUAUAGCCGGUGGAUUAGUGGCUACCCCAGUGAUCGGUUGGUCGCUAUAUACCCUGAAGACAACCGGGUGCGGGCUGCCGCCGGGGCCAGGUGGGUCACUAGGCGCACUGGAAGGCAUCAGCUACUUGGCGGUGGUGGGCAUCGUGGGUUGGUCUCUGUACACGAAGACGAAAACUGGAUCGGGUCUGCCCAACGGCCCUUUCGGGCUAUUGGGCGCCGUCGAAGGUCUGUCAUACUUGAGUUUGUUGGCCAUCUUGGUCGUUUUUGGGUUGCAGUACUUUGAACAGGGCUACAUCCCCGGCCCUCUUCCGGCCGAUCAAUGCUUUGGCUGACGAUUCUAUCUUGUGAUUUAUGUGGCUGUUGUUUCUCCAAGCGUGUAAAUCGUAGGGUUCUGUUUGGCUGUGUCUUCUUUUUCUGUUUACCGUUUCGUUGCGAUUCUGCAUAGAACCUGCCCUGUUUUGUUGUAUGAAUUGAUUAAUUGAAAGCAUUUACUUUGUUUAGGUUUC